GGGGAUUGUAGCUGAUAAAGAGAGUCGAGAAAAUUGUAAUUGGAGGUAUUGUCAAUUUGCAAAAAGAGGUGAAUUUAGUUACCAGUUAAAAACAGAACAAUAACUAUUUGUGCUGUGUGGGAGAGACAUAAAGCUAUCAUGGCACAGAAUCCAGGAGGAGGUUAUCCCCCACCAGGUUUUCCUGUAGGUAACAAUGGAGAGCUUCAUCAAACUGGAUAUCCUUCCCAAAGUCCUCAACAGACAUCUCCUUUUUAUCCUGAUCCCAGCAGUCCGCAAGAUCACUUUCAAGCACAGUCUGUUCCACCUCUGCCAUAUCUUAAUCCAAACUGUCAGCAAAAUCCCAUACAAGCACAAUCUGUUUUUCCUGCGCCAUAUCCCUAUCCCAACAGUCAGCAAAAUCCUUUUUCACCACAUCUUCCACUGAAUCCACCACAAUCUUUGGAACAGUUAUUUCAACAAAAUCCACAAUUUGUAGAGGAGUUAUUUCAACAAAAUCCACAAUUUAUAAAAGAGUACUUUCUACAAAAUCCACAAUUUAUGGAAAAGGUAUUUCGACAACAUCCACAAUUUAUGGAACAUGUCUUUAGACAACAUCCACAAUUUAUGGAGCAGGUUUUUCAACAACAUCCACAAUUCAUGGAGCAGGUUUUUCAACAACAUCCACAAUUUACAGAGCAUGUCCUUUGGCAAUAUCCACAAUUUAUGGCGCAGGUCUUUCAAUAUGAUCCACAUUUUAUGGAGCAUGUCUUUCGACAACAUCCACAAUUUAUGGAGUGGUUCUCUCAACAACAUCCACAAUUCAUGGAGCAGGUCUUUCAACAACAUCCACAAUUCAUGGAGCAGGUUUAUCAACAACAUCCACAAUUUAUGGAGCGGUUCUCUCAACAGCAUCCACAAUUCAUGGAACAGUUCUUUCGACAACAGGCACAUAAUCCUCAAUUCAUUGCACCACAAUCAUUUCCUCAAAAUUCACAUCAGUCUGUGGAGCAAUACUCUCAACAUCAUUCGGCAGAUCCUCAACAAUUUCAGAGUAAUUCUCAACAUUACCCUUCCCCUUAUGAUGAUCCAAAAUUAACAAAACCUCUGAGGUUAAACAUACAGGAGGGUAAAAAUGAACCCAGAGAAAUGGAUAUACAUUGCCAUGGUUAUGAAUUUUUCCAAUGGGCCUUUUGCAUAUCAAAUAAUACUUGUCUUGAAUCAAUGAAGAAAUUUUUAUAUUCUAAUGGGAUUGGUCUAGCUAUCCCCCAGAACAAGGCACCACUGUUUAUGUUUCCUCUCUCAUGUAAUAUAAAUCUGCUGGUAAAUGCUUUUAGAGAUACAAGUCAAAGACACGGAGUCGUAUGUGAACCUCUUAUCUGGGAUUUUUCAAAAAGUGAAGAGGAUGUUCAAGUUUUUUGUAUUAACUUUGUAAAAAACGAAAGACCUGAAGGAAUUUUACUUCUCUGGGAAUUAAAACAGGGAAUAUAUGUAGUUCAGCUUUGUGGCAUCAAGGCAGCAGUUGACCUUUGGAGACCUUCUAUAGAUGCAGAAAUUCAGAAGGAGAAGCAAAAGCAUGUUUUACCUGAGCCUGAACCAUUUAAAAUUAGCAGUUUUGAAACUAAGAUUCUGCAUGAAAUGAAAACCAAGCUUGAAGCAGAAUUUCAAGUCCAAAUCAGUUUUGAGUCGGAUAAAAUGAAAAUUACUCCAACCACUCAGGAAAGUAUUGAUAGUGUAUUUAAAAGAAUUCAUGAGAUGCUUAAAAGUUGCAGGAUGUUGCCAUUUUCAUUCCGGUACUUUCUUCUACAUCAGGAAAGGGCAAAGUUGCAUAUAGAAAAUGAAAUUGAAAAAUUGUACAGCCUUAAAGUUCACUUGUUAGUGUUUGAGGAAGAUGGUGUGCCUCACCUGUUAGCCUUUGAGGAAAAUGGAAAAGAGUUAGGAGAAAUUGAAAAGGCAGUGAGUAGAUUGCUAUUUCUGAUUCCUUCUGAAGAUACUCUUUGUCAGCAGAUUUUUAGUACAGAGAGUGGAAAGGCAUUAUUUUCACAAAUUGUAGAAGAAAAUGAAGGAAAACUUAGAAUGAUAUAUGAUGAAAGACAACAAAUGUGUUGUGUGGGAACAAUAGAUAUAGAAGAAAAGAUCAAGAAAAGGUUGUUAUCUUCUCUGACAUCUCAAGAAUUUGUAGAGCUUCCCUCUGAACAAGUGUGGAAUUUUUGUAAAAAACAUUGGCAAUUUGAAGACAUCCAGAAAAACUUUAACUGUGAAGUAAAUCUUGCACAAGAUGUUGAACUUCCAUGGGCAAUAGAAAUUAAAGGACAAACGGAAAAUGUCUCAUGUUGUCACCAACGCAUUGCAAUGGAAGUUAAAAAGAUUGAUACAAAACAAAUUCAAUGUCUUAAUUUCACAAAUGGCUCUGACGCUCAUCUGAUUGAAAAAUUGAAUGAAGAAAAAAGGUGCUUAAUUGACUUAAGAACAAGGCAACCAAUUCCCUGGAAAAAAUGGAUUGAAGGGAGAGGUUUGGAAAGAAGUUUAACUUACUCUAUCAGCUUUGAUACCAUUACAGUAAUAAAAGAAGAUGAUCUCAAAAUUACUCUUUUGACAGAGGAGCAAAGUGGAGCCACUAGUAAAGAAGACUGUCAGUAUCUGCAUGCUGAUUGGGUGCAGGUGUUUGUCCCUCCCAUGAGCAAUACAAGGAAAAAGACGACUUUUUUCACAAAAAUAACUAAUAUUUUGACUUUUAACAGUGAAAAAAUGGGAAAGAGGAAUAUAUUGAUAGAUUGCAAACAAUUGCAGGAGGAAGAGUUGAGAUAUUUUAUGAAAUUAAUGUGUGACAUUUUAAAUGAAAGGGUUGGCAAGGACCUAGAGAUUUUGAAGUGUGAAUUUCAUGACACCAGACAGGAGAUGUUCUGUUGGAUGACCGAGAUCAUUGAUAAACAUCUAAGCAACAAGAAUGUGAAUGUGUUUGAGUGGAAAGGAAGAACAAUAGACAUGGAUGUUCAAGAGGGCCAGUUAGCACAGCAGCAGGGUUUUGAUGUUCUGGUUAAUAGUACAUCACCUGAUCUAUACCUGAAUGCAGGGUAUGUCUCCAAGAAGAUAUUGGAAAUGGCUGGUCCAGAAAUUCAAGCUGAAUGCAAGAAAUAUUACAAAGGUGGCAUCAAAGUAGGAAAAGUAGCAAUUACGAAAGGAUAUAAUUUAAAAUGCGAGGUUGUGUUUCAUGGAUGUUUGGAUAAAUAUAACCCUGCUGCUCCUGGAAAACCACUUGAGGGUGUGAGAAUAUUUGUAAGGAAUUGCUUGAAGACUUCAGACAAAUUGAAGAUGGAAUCCAUAGCCUUCCCAGCGUUAGGCACUGGAAAUCUUGGUUACAGCCGGGAAGCUAUUGCAAAUAUUAUUUUUGAAGAAGUUGAAAAAUAUCAAAAGGAAUUCAAAGCAGGAUCUCUAAGUCGAGUAUGCUGUGUGAUCCCCCAAGGGGACAUUGAUUCCAUAAGGGAUUUUCAGAAGAGACUCUCAAUAUGGAAGAAAGAUCACCAGAAAGAGGUGUAUCAAGAACUGGUAGUUACAACAGAUGAUCCAAAAGUUCUUGAAGAGAUCUACCAAGAGGUCCAAAACCUGCAGGGCCCUAAACUAACUGAACCACCAGAUACAGAAAUAUCUAAAACAGACAGACUUGGUGUAACACCAAUAGAAGGUGCUGUUAAAAAUGUUUCCAAAAAUAUGGAACUGGAGUCAAGGAAAAGAAGUGAUUCUAUGUUGGAGGAAAGAUUGAGUAUAUUGCUGAAAAUGAAAGAACCAAACAAACAUGGACCACUGGAAGCAGAAGUUAGAAAAGACUUCAGGGAUCUAGCAGAAAAUAUUGUUUGUCCAUUUGAUAGCGACGACCAGGCACUAUUGCAAUUUUCUUCUGAAGAAGGUAUUAACAGAGUUUAUAAGAUGGAGAGAUUGAAGAGAAAAUAUGUUUUGGGGAAGUUUCCUGAACAGGCAGUGGUUGACUUAAGGGCAGCAGUAAGCCCAAAAAUGGUGAAGCUAUUAAAGGAGAGGGGUAUCACAGAAGAUCUCAUUAGACAGAAAUCUGGUGUUACCGUUGAUGAGAAAGAGUCCGAUAAUAUGGUUCUCUGUGGAAACAUACUGGAAAUCAAAGCAGCUUUUGAUUUUCUAUCAUCAUUGCUAAAAAAGCCAUUGAAAAGUUUGGGACAACAAACUUCUGCUAAAGAUAAUCCACACAAACCGAAUCUGAAAACAUCAACUGAUAAAACAAAUCAUUUGAAGCAAGUAUCUGAUGGUGGAAAAGUAACAGAAGAAGCCAAAACUGUUCCUGAACAACUGAAACAAUAUGAAAAUUCAUCUUUAAAGCUUUCACAAGUUUCCUUUACACCAUCAAUGGCACCAUCCACACAAAGUGUUCGUAAAAAAGAUGCCCAAAAAAGAGAGUCAGAAACUGUUGAAUCAGAUAUAUAUCAGCCUUCUUAUGCUGAAAAAGAUUGGAAAGGUCCCGAAAUGCAAUACACAUAUGAAGAUUAUAUCAAGCUAAAGCAUUUUUCUAAAUCGAUGCUAGGUGUUGUUAAGGAAGCAUGGAGUCCCAAGAAGACAAUGGUUACUAUCAAAUUUGCAAACGAUGGUCAUAAAGCAGACUUGGAGAGUAUGUUGCAGAAAAUUCACCAAAUGAGUAGAAAAACUAUUGCUGUGCAGAGUAAACUUGAAUUUCUGGAAGAAAUUCUUCAGCAGAAAUGUAGCAAUGAUCUAUUUUGCUACUUGACCAAAGAUAAUGAAAUAGAAAUCAUUGGCAAUAAUGAGAGAAUUGUUGAUAAAGCUAAGAAAGAGUUAGAAGAAUUACUUGCUUUUGAAAUUAAGACAGAAGAAGAAGAACAAGGAGAAGAAAGACUAUUACCUGUAUUUUUUACUAAUGAAGGAGUUUCAGUAUUUGUCUACCAUGGUUCUCUCCUCACAGCAGAAGUAGAUGCAAUAGUUUGCCCAAUAUCAAACAAAUUUGAAUUACAUGGAUUACAAAAAAGUAUUGCAGAGAUGGCUGGGCCUGCAUAUAAGAAGGAAGUUGAGGAUAUUCGUCAAAGGCAUAAAGGAAAACUCCCAGAAGAAUUUAUAUGCAUCAUACCAGGAGGAGAAAUUCCAUCUUGCAAAUUUGUUGUAAAUAUUGUAACUGAAAGAUGGAAAGAUAAAGAAGAUAAGAAAUGCAAGAUUUCUCUUCAGUUCAAAAUGCUUCAAAUAUUUCUUGAAGCUGAGCAAAACAAUUUGCAAUCCAUAGCAUUACCAGCUAUUUGUGCAGGUAAAAUGGGAUAUCCAAAAGAGAUCUGUGCCAAUUGCUAUGCAAGUAGCAUUGUGAAAUACAGCAGUUUUGUAGAUGAUACGAGAAACUUGAAGGAAAUACAUUUUGUGGAUCAGUCAGUAGAAAUGAUCACCUAUAUUGAAUCUGUAUUCACUAAUCCAGACAUGAUUGAAGAAUUUGAAGAGGAAGAAAUAACAGACAGGAAGUCCAAUGAAAGUUCAUCAUCUUCUUAUCCAUACAUGGAUAAGGACAACACUUGUUGUUUGAAUGAAAAUCUUCAAAUAACAGUGGUUAACAAAGACAUUAAAAUAAUGGGGGAAAAAGAGACAUUUGUUCUUGAUCCCAUGUCACUAGAGUCCCAAGUAAAGAAAAUGCUUCCAAAUUUAAAACAAGCAAAAGAGAAAACCAAACAGCAGGAUUAUUAUGGAGAAUUUGAAUUAGUCAGGGAUAGUUCAGGAAAGUCUAUUUUGAUUGUGGAUUUGCCAGUUUGGAAAAGUAACAUUAAAAGUCCAGAAGAACAAGCAGCUUACUUGAAAAAAAUGUCUUUGGGUUAUCAAAAGAUUUUUGAAGAAGCUGAAAGACUCCAUCUUUUUCAUUUGAUCCUACCUUUAUAUGGAGCAGUUGAAGGGAAUAAAACUAUCAUAAAAGAAUGUGCUGUCUGCUUUAUCAAGGAACUAAGAACAUUCGCUUAUAGAUGCAAAUCCCUACAAAAUGAACAAUUUUCAAUUACAAUGCCAAUCAAAGACCAGUUUACUCGCGACAUAAUUCUUAAAGAACUGAAAGUUGUCGUAGAUGAUGAACAGGCAGGAUUUCAACUACCAAUAUCUAAACGUCAGAGAAAAAGCCAGCCAAGAAAAUCAGAAAGUUGGAAAUCAGGAGAUCAGCCAUAUGGGACAAUAUUCAAUAAACAUCAUGAUUAUUCCUUGAGUGCCUUCAAAAAGAGUAAAACAAUAGAAUUGAUUGUAAAAAUUCCAGAUGGAACACAACAGUCCUUUCAUCCAAAUCCAGGGAAAUAUUUCAGAGGACGCAUAGAUAGCAUAUUUCUUCCUGACAAUAAAGUUGGAAGAAAAAUAAUUGGUUUGUUUAUCGAUGCUUUUCAUAGAGGAAUCCUUUACACAAUAAGUACUUCUCGAACAACAAAAGCGGAGAUGGUUGUGCCUACAGAUAUUCCUAUUCCCUCCAAAAGGGAGAAUGUAGAUGCUCAGGACCUGCAGAAAUUGUUGAAAAGUCUCCAGUCAAAGAUCAGCAAAUGAGCAACUCGAAUUGUUUAUAUAAUCCAUAAAGAAAACUGGUGUAUCACAAAUAUAUACACAGAAUGCAUAAACCCAAACAUGACUAAUAGGAAAGCCUUAAGAGAGCUAUUAAUAUAACUCAUUUCUUUAUUUGUAAAAAAUAGAAGGUUUGAUAUAUGUAAGUUGUACUUUAAUGUGUAAUUUUCUUUUCUCACUGGGUACAUAUGUACAUAUCACCUUUUGAGUUAACGGGGCAAUAAAGUUGAAAAAAGUAGUAUAUCAACAGCUUUUGUCAAAAUUCAUCAUUUUCAAGAUAUAGAUAUUCAAUGUCAUCGUCAGCGAGUAUACCGCUUAUCAUUAACCCCCGCUUUCACGAAAGCAAGGGAACAUUAAAUCUCAUUCGUAUGUCCGUCCGUCAAAAAUACUUGAACCUUUAAUUGCUCAUUAAUUUUGAUUUAGCUGAGCAGCUGGAGCUAUGACUUUCAUAUUUCACUUGUGUAUUCCUUGUGACUAGACCUUUCUUUCUUAAUUUGAUCUUGACCUUGUCAUUUGACCCACUUUUACACCAAAAAUUUACACUUUUACUUUAGCCAUAACUUUUGAAGACUAGAUACUAGGACAUAUUUCACAUCUGUAUUUUUU